ACAAUCUAUCAUCAUCUAGGAGAGCUUAUUUUGGCAAAUACCACGUGGCAAAUUAUGCUAUUAACCAAGCAUAUCUUCAGCACUUAGGUAUCACACCAUCAUCACGAGGUUCACAUUUCAUGUACUUUCCUAGACGAUGCAAACAGCUGCCGUUGACAAGUGAACAAAAGGAGCCUAGAGCUAGCGUUAAUAUCGGCACUCGGCAGGCAACCCAGGGUUAGGUAUCCUUUCCUUCCUCACCCCCAAUCUUCGUCCAACCCGAAAGGCCGCAACCGACCUUCCCUUCCGUUUCCGCCGCCGCCUAUUCAAACCCUUCCCUCUUCCCUCCAAUCCUCGCCCCAGGACCUCCAUCAUGGCCACCUCCUCCUCCCGCGGCGGCGUCGUCGUCGGAGGCAGCGACGACGACGACGAGCCCUACCUCCUGGGCUUCAUCGUCGCCAACAUCGUCGGCAUGCGCCACUACGCCGGCAAAAUCACCGGCCGCGAGAACGUCGGCCUCGUCCGCCAGCCCCUCAACCUCUACGACGAGAACGCCAUCAUGGUCGUCAACGGCCGCGGCGAUCAGGUCGGACACAUCGACCGCGCCACCGCCGCCGCGCUCGCCCCGCUCCUCGACUCCCACCUCCUCGCCGCGGCCCACGCCAUCGUCCCCAAGCCCACCUCUAAGGCCGUCCACCGCCUCCCCUGCCAGAUCCACCUCUUCGCCCGCCCCGCUGCCGUUGCGGCCAUCGACGCCGCCAUCCGCGACGCCGGGAUCGACCUCAUCCAUGCCGACCACCCCGAGUUCUCCCUCUCUCAGUCCGCCGCCGUGAUGGAGCGGACCAAGAAAGCGGACCGUGACGUUGAUAAGCUGUUCUCGCUCGUGGGGAAGGAAGGGAAGAGCCGGAUUGAGCCGAUGGAGGCGCCAGGGGAUGUCGUGUUGUCGGAGCUGUUCCAGCACCAGAAGGAGGCUCUGGGGUGGCUGGUGCACAGGGAGGAGUCCAGCGAUCUGCCGCCUUUCUGGGGAAAAAAUGAAGAUGGGGGCUUUGAGAACGUGCUUACCAAUCAGAAGACUAAGCAGCGGCCGCCACCAUUAAAAGGUGGGAUUUUUGCUGAUGAUAUGGGGCUGGGGAAGACGCUUACGCUGUUGGCAUUGAUUGGAAGGGGUAAAGCUUGCAAUGUGGGUGCGAAGAAGGCUAAAGGGGCCAAGAGGAGGAAGGUUGAGGGUUCAGGGGAGGGGCCACAGACGACGCUUGUGGUGUGCCCGAAAUCGGUGUUCUCAGCUUGGGUGAUACAACUGGAGGAGCACAUAAAAGCAGGCAGCUUGAAGGUGUAUAUGUACCAUGGCGAGCGGACAAGGGAUAAGAAAGAAUUGUUGAAGUAUGAUCUCGUGCUCACUACUUACAGCACCUUGGGGACUGAAUUUGAGCAGGACUCACCACUGAAGGAUAUUAAUUGGUUCCGCGUGAUUCUGGAUGAAGCCCAUGUGAUCAAGAACUCUGCAGCACGGCAGACCAAGGCAGUGAUUGCUUUGAACACAGAGAGGCGAUGGGUAGUCACGGGGACGCCAAUUCAGAACAGCUCGUUUGAUUUGUACCCGCUCAUGGCAUUUUUACGGUUCCAGCCAUUCUCAAUAAAGAGCUACUGGCAGAGCUUGAUCCAGCGCCCCUUAGAGAAAGGGAAUAAGACUGGGUUGUCACGGUUGCAAAACCUCCUAGGUGCUAUCUCACUGCGCAGAACCAAAGAGACAGAAACUGGAAGCAAGAGCAUGGUUGACAUUCCCCCCAAAACUGUUUUAGUGUGCUAUAUUGAUCUUUCUGCAGAGGAGCGUGAGUACUAUGAUCAGAUGGAAUUGGAAGGGAAAAACAAAAUGCAGGAAUUUGGUGACAGAGAUUCGAUUCUGCGCAAUUACUCCACUGUGCUUUAUUUCAUUCUGAGGCUCCGCCAGCUCUGCAACGAUGUUGCAUUGUGUCCUUUAGACAUGAAAUCAUGGCUUCCCGCUAACUCCCUUGAAGAUGUGUCUAAGAACCCAGAGCUGUUGAAGAAACUGGCCUCAUUGGUUGAUGAUGGAGAUGACUUUGACUGUCCAAUUUGCCUCUCUCCACCAACUAAAACUGUCAUAACCAGCUGCACUCACAUAUACUGCCAAACCUGCAUCCUAAAAAUCCUCAAGAGCUCCAGUUCCCGUUGUCCAAUAUGCCGGCGCUCCUUAUCUAAAGAGGACAUCUUUCUUGCUCCAGAGGUAAAACAUCCUGAUGAUGAUGGAUCAGGCAAUCUUGGCUCUGACAGACCUCUCUCUUCCAAGAUGCAAGCCUUGCUGAAGCUACUGAAGGCUUCGCAGAACCAAGACCCUUUGUCGAAGUCUGUUGUUUUUUCUCAGUUCAGGAAGAUGUUGAUCUUGCUCGAAGAGCCCCUAAAAAAGGCAGGCUUUAAAAUACUGCGGCUUGAUGGCUCAAUGACCGCGAAGAAGAGGUUACAAGUUAUCCAACAAUUUGCUCAUGUUGGCCCUGAUGCUCCAACCGUGCUACUGGCCAGCCUGAAAGCUGCAGGAGCUGGUGUGAAUCUAACAGCUGCAUCAACAGUAUACCUAUUUGACCCCUGGUGGAAUCCUGGGGUAGAGGAGCAGGCCAUGGACAGGGUGCACCGAAUCGGACAGAAGAAAGAAGUGAAGGUGGUAAGGCUCAUUGUGAAAGGCAGCAUCGAAGAGAGGAUACUAUCGCUGCAGGAGGGGAAGAAGAGGCUGAUAACCAAUGCAUUUGGGAAGAAAAGGGACAAGGAUGACAAGGAGAUGCGUGUUGAAGAGCUUCGAAUGAUGAUGGGCUUAUGAAGUUAUGAUAAUGCGCUGCUUACUAAGUAGUUGUAGUGAUUUUCCUUUUGUAGCAUCUCAAUGCAUGUGCUCCGCCCAGGGGUUGAAGAUAUUGCCGUGUGCAUGGAAUUUUGUCCCUUGGUGAACAUGCUCGGCAGCAUGAGAACACUGACUGGAGCGAUGGAGCUGAAGAACAAGGAGAGGCUUGUUAGUGCUCUGCUUAGUAAUGGGAGCAUCUGAUGCUAGAAGAGCUCCGUUGACUCUCUCUCUCUCUCUCUCUCUCUCUCUCUCUCUCUCUCUUUUGGUAGGAUGUCAUAUUUGUGCAGGCAUAGGGUUGGGUGGAAGUCCUGCAUGUGAACAUGUAUGGCUGUGAUGCUAAACAUUAGCAACUCAUAGAUCAAUGGAAUGCUAUUGCUAGGGUGGAUGGAGGGUACAAUUUAUUGUGUUGUGCAUCCACUUGAGCCUCGUCUCAUUGUGGCUGAGUCUUAGUGUUUGUGUGCCUUUUUGCUGUGGUUAACUGAACCGGGUUUGACGUAUGUGCAGACCUUGGACCAAGUUCAUAACAUGCAAAUUCUGUGAUACAGCUGGUAUU